AUGAUUCAAAGUUAUCUUAGAGACACUUGGAAACUGACCUUGCCCCUUCAGCCUCAGGUUUUCCUUUUCCACCAACUGAGACCCCCAGAACUGUCUCAUACGGAACACUCGGCGGUACCCACACUGAUUCAUGUCGUCUUACUGGUAGCUUUGCGCUGCCUUUUUACUGCAUGGUUAUCUACUUCUAGCCCCACUUUGUCAAUGGUAAUCCAACAAAUGAAACUGUUCUGUAAUGUUGACCGGCUUGACACGGAACGACACAAAAACACUAAGACUCAGAAAUUUUUUGACAAGUGGAAACAUAUUAUUGUUAACCAUUAUAUGACCUCUAUAUUGAAGACGUUAAUGGCCAAUGAAUCAGCAUUUUUCGAGUUUGUCCUGGUUGGGUUUCCUGGUCUUCCUGAGAAACAUCACAUUGUCUUUGGGAUUCUUAUUUUCCUGAUCUAUUAUCUGUCAUUAUGUGCAAACCUCACUGUCAUCCUGUUGGCCUUCUAUAAAGAACAUUUACACCAACCGAUGUACAUUAUAAUCGCAAGCCUGGCCUUCUCCGACCUUCUCUUUGACACCUCAACUUUCACACCCUUAAUCUUUCACACCCUUAAUCCUCUUGACUCCUUUAUCAUCAUGUUUAUGGCCAUUGACCGCUAUGUCGCCAUUUGUAAGCCCCUUCAGUAUCACGCCAUCAUUGGUAACAGACUUACCGUAUUCGUUUGCAUAGCGUUAUGCAUGAUAGCUGUUGUGAUCGGACUUGGCAUCAUGAUUUUGGCAUAUGCUCUUCCAUAUAGUGGGUCAAAUAAGAUAAAGAAUUGUUUUUGUUCUAUCGGUACUGUUGGAGUCACAACCUAUAUGGAUCCGGCUCCAACUCUUUUGAAAGCCUAUUAUAUUGGCUUAGUCUGUCACCUGGGGCCAUUAUCUUUCAUCAUAUUCUCCUAUACCAUCAUCAUCACAAAAGUCUGCUCGUCGGCCCAAUCUAAUAGUGGUAAUAAAGCCGUCUACACCUGUGUGACCCACUGGUUCAUCAUCAGAACCUACUACGUACCGCGGCUCCUUGUUUACACCUACGAACAGACCCAAAAGCCACAGGUGGACGUUUACGUCUCUCUUAUCUUCCUCUACACCUUUGUGCCCCAUUCUAGCAGUCCAAUCAUAUUUUGUCUCAGGAAUGAGGAGAUUAAAAGAACUUUGAGAUCGUCAUUUAAAGGGAUUAAAAACAUCGACAUGGAUUCAUCUCAGACACAAAGACAAUGGCAUAAAACCCAGGAUACGUCCAGCAUGACGCGUUUCAGGUCAUGUGACCUUUCAUCAGAUGCAUGA